CCUGAGGGGAGGGAGGGAACGAGCGCGUGGGGGCGGGGUGUGGGAGAGAGCGGUUUCCUUUCCGCCCCGCCCUCAGCCCCCCACUUCCAAUGUAGCCCCGCCCCAAGCCCCGCCCCCUCUCCUGGUCUCGAGGUCCUGGAGCCAGAGACGUUACCCAGCCCAGAGUCUCCUUGGGACCCCAGCUGGUCUAGGAGGUCCCGGAGAGCACAGGAGGCUCGGAGGCUGGACAGCAGCUGGAGCCGAAUAAUUUCCAAAAUGGCACCAAAUUCUAAAGGAAAUGAUUACAAUCAAAGCUCUCAGGAUGCUUUGUUGCCUGAUCCCCCUAAAGGACCAUUAUGUAUGUAUAGAGCGAAAUCAUCCUUCAAUUGGAAGGAACUGUUGUUGUUCUUAGAUGGAGAAGACAUGAUCAUUUUAAAGAAAAGAAUCUUCUCAGCCUUUGAAAAUGAUCCCCUCUUUGCUCAUCACCCUGAAGAAGAAUUGCCCUUUGAGAAGUACCGUGAGCUGAACUUUCUGCGCUGUAAAAGGCUCUUUGAAUAUGACUUUCUUACUAUAGAGGAGAUAAUGAAGAAUCCACUGAAAGUUUUUAUGCUGAUUAGUUGCUUGGGGAUGUAUGAUUGGUCCUUAUCUGCCAAAUAUUUUUUAAAUACAUAUGUUUUUGCUUCUACUAUUCAGAAUUCUGGGUCUCAAAGACAUAUGCAUUUUAUUCAGAAAACCUUAAACAUGGAGAUUUUUGGAUGUUUUGCUCUGACUGAACUAAGUCAUGGGAGCAAUACCAAGGCUAUUCGAACAACUGCCCAAUAUGAUCCCACCACUCAGGAGUUCAUCAUCAAUUCUCCUGAUUUUGAAGCUUCCAAAUUUUGGAUUGGUAAUAUGGGAAAGAACGCCACUCAUGCAGUUGUAUAUGCCCAGCUAUAUACCCCAGGAGGCCAGUGCCACGGAUUGCAUUCCUUUGUUGUACAGAUACGAGAUCCAAAGACACUCCUUCCAAUGCCAGGAAUCAUGGUCGGUGACAUAGGAAAGAAGCUUGGACAGAAUGGCUUGGACAAUGGAUUCACCAUGUUUCAUAAUGUUAGGAUUCCUCGGGAAAACCUACUAAACCGAACAGGUGACGUUACCCCAGAGGGAGUCUACAACACUUCCUUUAAGGAUGUCCGACAACGUUUUGGUGCUUCACUGGGUUCUCUGUCUUCUGGUAGAGUUUGCAUUAUAGGAAUGUCUGUGGUGAAUUUGAAAAUGGCCCUAUCAAUAGCAAUUCGUUUCUCAGCAACUCGCCGUCAGUUUGGACCAACUGAUGAUGAGGAAAUUCCAGUCCUUGAAUAUCAAAUGCAGCAAUGGCGCCUGAUUCCUUACUUGGCAGCUACAUAUGCCUUGGACCAUUUCUCAAAAACUUUGUUCAUGAACUUGGUAGAACUUCAGCUAGGCCUUUUACAAAAUGAUAAAAGUAUCAGGCAGGCUGAACUUGGACGUGAAAUUCAUGCAUUGGCAUCUGCUGGCAAACCUCUAGCUUCCUGGACUGCCCAGCAAGGAGCUCAGGAAUGUCGAGAAGCUUGUGGAGGACAUGGCUAUUUGGCUAUGAAUCGUUUGGGUGAUAUUAGAAAUGACAAUGAUCCAAACUGUACCUAUGAAGGAGAUAAUAACGUCCUGCUUCAACAGACCAGCAACUAUUUACUGAACUACAUUACAGACAGACAUCAAGAUAAAACUCGUAUUCAAAGUCCUCUGGAAUCUGUGAAUUUUCUUGAAGAUUUUAAAGAUAUUCUUGGUCAGAAAUUUAUGAUAUCCAGAGUUGAAGAUUUCAUGGAUUCUUCAGUUUCUCUGGCAGCAUACAAGUGGUUGGUUUGUUACCUCCUACAAGAGAGUUAUCAAAAAUUAAAUCAGGAAAGAAAAUCUGGAAGUGAUGAUUUUGAAGCAAGAAACAACUGCCAGGCAUACUACUGCCAUCCCCUUGCUCUUGUUUUCAUUGAGCACACAGUGUUGCAGAGGUAUCAUGACUAUACACACCAUUCCAGUACACCAGCUCCUCUUCAGCCUGUCCUGAAACGGCUCAGUGCUUUAUAUGGACUCUGGUCUCUAAGUCGGCACAUGGCUGUGCUUUAUCAAGGUGGAUAUUUUUCUGGUGAACAAGUGGGUAAAAUGAUAAAGAAUGCUAUUUUGGGCCUGUGUGCAAAGCUGAAAGAUGAUGCAGUUGCCCUGGUAGAUGUCAUCGCUCCUCCGGACUUCAUUCUGAACUCACCAAUUGGCAAGGCCGAUGGCGAGCUGUAUAAAAACCUCUGGACUACUGUCCUUCAGGGAAGCAAAGUCCUAGAGAGGCCAUCAUGGUGGACAGAAUUUUCGACCCAUAAACCCAUCAUAGGAAGUUUGAAAUCAAAACUCUAGGUCCAGUGUCAAUGCCAAGGCACCACGUGGACAUUUAUCCUUGGGCAUCUGCAUCAUUUCUACCUACAAAGAUCUUGGGCACAGAGGGCUAUCACUCUGGCAUCCCAUUUGACUACUUCCAGAAGAUUUUGAACAGAACCAUCAUUUUCUGGGACAGCACAUCUGCUCUUAUCAAUCAAUUCCAGCUAUAGAGGCACUCAUGUUGUUUAACAGUAUUUGCUUCCCUUGCAUGGUCAAGUGGUAAUGUGUAAUUUACCAUUAUAAUUUUCAUACUUAUCAUGAUUUCCUACAUGAAAUGGAAACAAGAUAAAGUAUAUCAACUUUGAUGAAGGAAUAGACUAGGUAAUUUGAAUAUUUGAAUAUCUCUAUUUUCAUAUUUAAAUCUGUUGAGCAAAGUCACUUAUUAAGUGCCUUCUUUGUGAAAUUUAUUAUAUUAAUUGCUGAGGGAGAUAACACAUUUAAAGAAGAAAAAGUCCUUCAAGGGGCUUAUAGUCUAAUAGAGUCUGACUAAAUUUUUAUAUAAAUAAAUAUAAUUCAUAUUAGAAUAUGGUACAAAGAAAAGAAGAAUUCAAAAUACUAUAAAAUAAAAUUAAGGAGAUAGCACUUCCAGGUAGGGGAAUUCAAUGAAGACUUAAUGGAGCAGGAAACAGGUAGAGGCAGCAAAGGAGGACAUUCCAUGUGUGCUAAGCCUUGGAAGGUGGAAAGCAUGGGGUAUGUGCCUUGCCCAAAGUUGGCCCCUUAGCAAACAUUCAUUCCUCCUCCAGGGAUUGUAUGCCAUUAUUUCUUGAAUCAAUCUGGGAAUGUUUGCUUCACUAAGGACUUCAUUGUUCCACUUGAUAUCUGCUCUAAAUCCAGGUGAUCUUCCUUUACAUAAUCAUUGCAAUUCAAUUUCAUUAAUCUGGACUAAAUGAGGGAACACAAAGUCUGAAUUAUGGACUUGGGGGAGCAUUGUGGUUUCAUUACUUUUAAGCAUUUAACUGGAAAUAACCUUCGAGGAAGUGUUUUUAAGAAGAGAGAAGAAAUCUAGACCCCAGUUGCUAGAUCAUUGCUAAUUUGAGACAUUCACUAUAUCUAUUUGUUCUCUUCAAUGAUUAAAUCUGUUUCUCCUCUUCAUCAGGUGAAAUAAAUCUACUACAAUCUUGUUUAUAGUAUUCAUUUGCUUAGUAACAUGUUUUCCAUAAGUAAUAUAAGGGUAAUUUCAGGCCGGGUUCAUUUUCUAUAAAUCCUGAAUUAAUAGAAUUGGAAUGAUUAGAGUCUGAUUGUACAUAAUUCUUACUGAGUCUGAUCAGUAUUGAACAAUGACAAAGCCAAGUGUAAAAUGUUAAUUAGAUAAAAGACAUCUUUAAUUUUUUUAGUUCCUGCAAUUUUAUUCAUUUUUGUAUUUAUUUCAGGUGUCUAUUGCACAUCAUUGUAUCUGUAAUAAAUAAUAUUAAGUUCCCAGCUAAAACUAGGGCCAAACUGGUCCUUUCUGGAUACAGGUUAGACUCAGUCUUCUAUUCAAGUGGCAGUUGCAAUUUUUGUUCCUUCAUUACUUGGUUUUUUAAGGUGAAAUGUGUUAGAUUACAAAUCUAGCCCACUUCCCUAGUUGUAUAGAAGAGGAAACCAAAACCUACAGAGCACAAUGUUGUUGAACAUUCAAGAUUGAUAUAGCAGGGGAAAGCCAGAGCCAGGACUUAGCACUUAGGACUGCUUGGUGGACAAAGCUCAGUCAUUUCAUUUUUAAGCUCUUUGAAAAUCAAUCUCCUACUUUUAACAAAAUUAUAAAAUAUCCUUAAGUCUAGAUUUCUCUGACCUAAUAAGACUGAGACUAUUUAGUGAAAGGCAACCAGGAUAGUGAGAGGGCUCAAAACCAUGAGAGGAUCUACUGAAGGAACUAGGAAUGUCAAGCCUGGAGAAGCCUGGGCUCCAGGAGACAUGAGCUAGGAUUUGAAGGGCCAUAGUGUGGGAUAGGAAUUAGAUUUGUUAUACCUGACCCCAGAGGGAAGAACUAGGACCAAUAAAUGGAAGAGGAGAAGUAUAAUGUUUAAUUUGUGAAUUCAAGGCAGAGAGACAGACUCAUGUUCAGAGGACUCACCUAACUAUGAUUUACUGAUACCAAAACAAAAACUACAGGAAGGUUCUAUAUACUAGUUUGUGACAUAGCCACCUAGGGUCCCAUUUGUUCUGGUUCUGGAGCAUGGGCCCAAGCAGGGCUUGGCCAACUUUUUAGUGAUGACUGCAUACUGGGCUUGAGUGACCCAUUGCUCCACAGGAGAGAUGUCUUUUUACACUCAAAUGUAAACAAGCUGCUCAAGUAAGAAAACCCAAUGCAUCUGGGAGUUUACCAGGCAAAAGUAAAUCAGACGAGAAUGCUUGACUGGGAUGGUACAGUUACUUUGGUGCCUUGUGGUUACACUUACUGUAUUUGUCAACAUAUCUCCUGGUUUCUUUAGACAUGUUCUAUUCCACUCCCCAUGAAGAAAUGGCUAAGACACCAAUACCAGGAAGAGCUUUCUCAUUUGUCCAAAAAUGGGAGGGAUUACCUCACUAGGUGGUGAAUUUCUCUACUAGUGGUACUCUUCAAACAGUCUGGAUGGCGACUUAUCAGAAACGGAAUGGAGGAGACGCCUGCUUCUGUGUGGGGUGCAUCUGAUGACUUCUGAAGUUCUUUCUUUUUCUGGGAUUUGAUGGAUCAGUAGACUGCCUCUGAAAGAAGUGAAUUCUCCUUCACUGAACAUGAUUGUCAUGGCAGGGAUUUUAUAGAGGCUCUUAAUGUUUCAGGUAGGGGUUGGACUUGAUGCCUUCUCAAAUCCCUUCCAACUCUAAGAUUUAAUGAUUAUUUAGCGAUUUUUAAGACAUGUUUUUCCUUUAAAUUUUCUUGCUUUCAGCUAAAAUGGGAAACCAAGAAAGCAUUGUUUUGCACCUUAUGUAGAUUCACUAUUGUAUAUGCUCACACAAAAACGAAAUCAACGAUGGUAAUUUUAAAUGAAUAAAUUCCUCCAUUGUA